AUGAUUGUUUGGGUCCAAUUUCCGGCACUGAAAAUCCACUUUUAUCACAAAGAAAUUCUGACUUCCCUAGGCAAUCUCCUCGGAAGAACGAUUCGCUUGGAUUUCCAUACCCUAAAUCUACAACGUGCAAAGUUUGCUAGGAUCGCCGUUGAAGUAGACCUGUCCAAGCCCCUGGUGCCUCGGAUUUGGUUGGACGAUGCCUGGCAGAAAGUCGAGUAUGAAAAUCUCCCCGAUGUGUGUUUCGAUUGCGGGAAGAUUGGGCACUCCGCCCUGCUCUGUCCCAAGCUGUGA